CUCCACAUGUGACCUGAAACCCAUUGCAUAUGAUUCAAAAUCCCAAAACUGGAAGAAGCUGAACAGAAGCAAGGAAAUGGCAAUGGCAAGUACACAAAGUGAGUCAUACUUUGUUUUCAUGAACUAUGAUCCUGAAUACCAGCGCCUUCGAGCUGAUCGAACAAAGAGAGGGGCAUAUGAGCUUGAUUUGUAUCUAAGCAAGAAGCACAAUGAGGUGUUGGCAAGUACCCUGGAGCCCGGCAGCUACAAGAAGACAUUAUCUUUGGUCAUUGUUGAUGGGUUUUCAGUAGAAAUUACUGAGGAUCAGGCCAAUGUGCUCAGAUCUGCAAAUGGAGUGAGGGUUGUGGAGAAAAAUCAAGAGCUUGCCUAAUGUAGCAGAGAAGACGUACGUUUGUAAUUAAUGUAGGUUGGGAAAUCUCUAAUUAAUAACUAUAUAUGAUUUAUCCCGAAGGAGGGUUUUUGGAGAAAUCAGGAGAGAUUUGCAUUGAGAAUCUACUGUGUUGAUGCUAUUAUAUAUAUAUAUAUAUAUAAUACCAGCCAUCUAGCUAUUUUCGGAGGCUUUUUGUUUU